AUGUACUGGUCAAAUCCCCCAUGCAAAACCAGUCCCGACCCUACCGAAGGGGACCACAAAACAUGUACAUGUUCGCAACUCCUACUCAAGGCAGCCUUCGAAGCAGCCACAAUAGCCAGCCACGAAUGCCGCAACCGUCUUUUCCACGCAAUUUACUGCGACCUUGAGGUCCAUUCAAAAACAAAAGGCAGCAAGCCACUCCACUCCUUUUGCAUCCCCUACAACUUCAUAGAUAUCAUCGGCCCAGCGCUCGACCCGCAAAUCCAACACAUUCUGUGUCUGCACAACUUGCAAAGGAAAUACAAGUAUGUUUCCAAGUUACGCAAGAUCUUUCUAAUCGCUAUGCUUGCUUCGGUGGAUUACAUUGACUUUCUUGGGAAUAUGGUUAAAGUUGUUGACAAUAACCAGGGGCAGUUAUCCGAUGACAAGCUCCCUAUCGAAGGCAGCCAGGUGAGGGACUUGAAUGAGAAGUACGCGGAGAGUUUUCGGGAGUUUUUUUGGUAUCAGUACCUUUUUCUUGAUGGAUAUUGCGGAGGAUUAGGGCAACCGGCAUUCAACGCUCCCCGACAAGCAGGAUCUGUCAGUAAUGAGUGUGAGAUCUCGUCUUUCAUGGGGCUUACCAGGUACCCCAUCAUGAAGAAAUUGACAGGCUUCAUUGUCGUGGGUCUGGCGAAGACUUACACUCUAUAA